AAGGAAUUCAAAGCCCUCUCAGCUCCCAGACUUAGUGGCUCUGUGAAAUUGAGAUCACAGGCAUGCUUUAAGUGAAUGAGAACAUAAAAAGAGCACCAAGAGGCUGAGUCUCAGUCCUGCCCGCCAUCCCAGGAAUCUCCCAGAUCAAGCUGAAAUGACAAGUACUCAAUUUGAAUGUCAAUACUGCACGUCAUCUCUUCUUGGGAAAAAAUACGUACUCAAGGAUGAUAAUCUUUACUGCGUCUCCUGCUAUGACCGCAUCUUUUCUAACUAUUGUGAGCAGUGCAAAGAACCAAUUGAAUCAGAUUCUAAGGAUCUUUGUUACAAAAACCGUCACUGGCACGAAGGAUGCUUCAAGUGCACCAAAUGCCAUCAGUCUUUGGUGGAAAAGCCCUUUGUUGCCAAAGACGAGCGCCUGCUGUGCACAGACUGCUGUUCUACUGAGUGUUCCUCUAAGUGCUUCCACUGCAAGAGAAACAUCAUGCCAGGUUCUCGAAAAAUGGAAUUUAAGGGCAACUACUGGCAUGAAACCUGCUUUGUGUGUGAGCACUGCCGACAGCCAAUAGGAACCAAGCCUCUGAUCUCAAAAGAGAGUGGCAAUUAUUGUGUGCCGUGCUUUGAAAAGGAGUUUGCUCACUACUGCAACUUCUGUAAGAAGGUGAUAACCUCUGGCGGGAUAACCUUCCGUGACCAAAUAUGGCAUAAAGAGUGUUUUCUGUGCAGUGGCUGCAGGAAAGAGCUUUGUGAAGAGGCAUUUAUGUCAAGGGACGAUUUCCCAUUCUGCCUGGAUUGCUACAACCAUCUUUAUGCCAAAAAGUGUGUAGCCUGCACCAAACCCAUCACUGGUCUCAGAGGUGCCAAGUUCAUCUGCUUUCAAGACCGCCAGUGGCACAGCGAGUGCUUCAACUGUGGAAAGUGCUCUGUCUCCUUGGUGGGUGAAGGAUUCUUGACCCAGAACAUGGAAAUCUUCUGCCGCAAGUGUGGCUCAGGAGCAGACACUAACGUGUAGAAAGAGACACUCUUUCCCUACCUGAAAUCCACUUUGCCUUUGCUCUCACUAAAUCUGGAAUUCAGUGGCACUAAUAAUAUUUUCAUUUGCAUUUAGCAAGCAGUAUAAUGUGGGGUAUACAGCAGAAAAGGCUUAGCACACUUUAUAAUUGAACUAUAUAAUAAGGGGCACACAAAAAUCACAGAAUUCUAACAGAAUUUUUGUUCACAAAGACUGAAUAAGAAUGAAAAACCGAAACUCCGGAUUUUCCUCAUAUGUAAGACUUCCACUGCCAGCUGCCCCCUUAGUCAAUGGAAUUGGACAUCUAUAGUACCUUUAUACUGAAGUAGAAUGGGCAUCUUCUCUACCUAGGAAAAACUAAGCAUGGAUUUCACACAUUUUAGGUGAAUUGUACUUUCAGAGCCACAACGUCUUUUCUAAAUGCUUACAGACUCUGUUCUUUUAAGUGACUCUAACCAGAAUAAUUUGUUGUCCUCAAAGGCAAAACUUUAAAGUAAAUAGAUCAUUAAAUUUUCACUCAUGAAAAUGAAUGUUAGGGAAUCAGUUAAAUGUUAGAACAUGACUUUCAUCCAGAUAUCUAAGACAUAAUAGAAUGCAUAAUUAUUUCUAAACUUCAUGCAUUUUGCCUUCAAAAAUUACAUAGAUGAUUAAUGGUCAGACAUAAAAGGGGGCUUUAAGGAAAUAUAGCAAAAGCAAUAACUUAAAAAUAAUAAUUCACUGCUGGUAAUUCAGUACCUGCAAAUGAGCACAAUACAACAAAGUGGGCUGCAGAGGAGCCCUCCCCCUUCUAUGCCUGCACCACCCAGUUGUCCCUAAGCCAGACCACCCUAGGGCCCUAGUCAGCUGCAUGACCAGGACUUCCAAACCCUAAGCUCCAGCCCACAGAUCAACAUUUAUUCUGUCACACAGGAAAUUUAGCGGAAAUUCUGCCAU